AUGUCAUCCCCAUUCCCGGCCGAUACACCAAGUAGUAACAGACCUUCCAACUCUUCUCCUCCACCGUCGUCCAUAGGUGCUGGUUUUGGAAGUAGUAGCGGACUUGACUCGCAAAUAGGUUCAAGAUUACAUUUUCCAAGUUCCUCUCAACCGCAUGCCACCAAUUCGCAGACAGGCCCUUUUGUCAACGAUUCCACUCAGUUCAGUUCUCAAAGACUGCACACCGAUGGCUCCGCAACCAACGAUAUGGAGGGGAAUGAACCCGCAAGAAACUUCAAAAGUAGAGCUUUGAAUCAUGUCAAGAAAGUUGACGAUGUGACCGGUGAGAAAGUUCGUGAAGCCUUCGAACAGUUUUUGGAAGAUUUCUCCGUUCAAUCUCCUGAUACCGAUGAAAUUGAGAAAGUGUACAGAGCACAAAUUGAAUUCAUGAAAAUAUAUGACUUGAAUACCAUUUAUAUAGAUUAUCAGCACCUAUCCAUUAGAGAGAACGGCGCCCUAGCUAUGGCCAUCUCCGAACAGUAUUAUAGGUUUUUACCGUUCCUGCAUAAGGGUUUGAGAAGAGUAGUUAGAAAGUACGCGCCCGAAUUGUUAAACACAAGUGACACCCUGAACAGAUCCAGUGGUGAUGGAGAUGAUGACCAACAGGAUGAUGACAUGAAUGGUUCGAGUGUACAAAGAGAUUCUGGAUCAUCGGCCGCACCAGGAAACGGAUCAUCUGCUAUGGCAACGAGAUCAAUAACAACUUCUACUUCACCUGAACAGACGGAACGUGUUUUCCAAAUCAGUUUCUUCAAUUUACCAACAGUUCACAGAAUUCGUGACAUCAGAUCCGAGAAAAUUGGUUCAUUAUUGAGUAUAUCGGGGACAGUAACGAGAACAUCUGAAGUCCGUCCAGAAUUGUACAAGGCAAGUUUCACGUGUGACAUGUGUCGUGCCGUCGUGGAUAAUGUGGAACAAUCUUUCAAAUACACUGAGCCGACGUUUUGUCCUAACCCGUCGUGUGAGAAUAGAGCCUUUUGGACACUAAAUGUUUCAAGAUCAAGGUUUCUUGAUUGGCAGAAAGUUAGAAUUCAAGAAAAUGCUAACGAAAUACCCACGGGCUCCAUGCCACGUACAUUGGACGUCAUUCUUCGAGGUGAUAGCGUUGAAAGAGCCAAGCCUGGUGACCGUUGUAAGUUCACAGGUGUGGAAAUUGUAGUACCUGAUGUUACACAAUUGGGGCUUCCGGGUGUGAAGCCAAGUUCAACAUUGGACACUAGAGGUAUUUCAAAGACUACGGAAGGCUUGAAUAGUGGUGUCACUGGUUUGCGUUCCCUUGGUGUUCGCGAUUUGACAUAUAAGAUUAGUUUCUUGGCGUGCCAUGUGAUAAGUAUCGGCUCAAACAUCGGUGCAAACAGUCCCGACUCAGGUUCCAGUAACAGAGGAACUGAGCUGCAGAUGGCUGCUAACUUGCAAGCUAAUAAUGUGUACCAGGACAAUGAAAAGGAUCAAGAAGUGUUUUUGAACAGCUUGAGUUCAGAUGAAAUUAAUGAAUUGAAGGAAAUGGUUAAGGACGAACAUAUUUAUGAUAAGUUGGUCAGAUCUAUUGCACCUGCCGUAUUUGGCCACGAAGCCGUGAAAAAAGGGAUUUUACUCCAAAUGCUUGGUGGCGUUCACAAGAGUACAGUGGAAGGUAUCAAAUUAAGAGGUGACAUCAACAUCUGUGUUGUUGGUGAUCCCUCUACUUCUAAAUCUCAAUUUCUAAAAUAUGUUGUGGGUUUUGCGCCAAGAUCAGUUUAUACUUCUGGUAAAGCAUCUUCUGCUGCGGGUCUAACGGCUGCAGUUGUAAGAGAUGAGGAAGGUGGUGACUAUACGAUUGAAGCAGGCGCUUUAAUGCUUGCCGAUAACGGUAUAUGUUGCAUCGAUGAAUUUGAUAAAAUGGAUAUUUCUGAUCAAGUCGCUAUUCAUGAGGCUAUGGAACAACAAACCAUCUCCAUUGCCAAAGCCGGUAUCCACGCUACUUUGAAUGCAAGAACAUCCAUUUUAGCGGCCGCGAAUCCAGUUGGCGGGAGAUAUAAUAGAAAAGUAUCACUAAGAGGUAAUUUAAAUAUGACGGCACCAAUCAUGUCGAGAUUCGACCUAUUUUUUGUUAUUCUAGAUGAUUGUAACGAAAAAAUUGAUACCGAAUUGGCAUCUCAUAUCGUUGAUUUGCACAUGAAAAGAGAUGAGGCCAUUGAGCCACCAUUCAGUGCAGACCAAUUACGUCGUUAUAUCAAAUAUGCACGCACUUUCAAGCCAAUAUUAACGAAAGAAGCCCGUUCAUAUCUGGUCGAGAAAUAUAAAGAACUAAGAAAGGAUGACGCACAAGGAUUUAGCAGAUCGAGUUAUAGGAUCACUGUUAGGCAGCUGGAGAGUAUGAUUAGGUUAUCAGAAGCUAUUGCUAGGGCCAAUUGCGUCGACGAAAUUACUCGAUCUUUUAUUGCUGAAGCUUACGAUCUUUUGAGGCAAAGUAUUAUCCGUGUUGAUGUGGAUGAUGUGGAAAUGGACGAAGAAUUUGAGAAUAUGGAAAGCCAAGGUCACACGGAACCUGAAAACAAUGAUAAGAAUAAUACUAAUGACAACAAUAAUGAUGAUACAGGAGCUGACGGAACAAUGAGCGGACCACAAGGAGGUACGAGUGAGGGACACGGUGAACACGCGACUCGCUCAGCUUUAAGUGAGAGAAAGAAGUCAACGGUGACAUACGAUAAAUACGUGUCAAUGAUGAACAUGAUUGUUAGAAAGAUUGCUGAGGUGGAUAAGGAAGGCGCAGAAGAAUUAACCGCUGUUGAUAUAGUUGAUUGGUAUUUAUUACAAAAGGAAAACGAUUUAGGUUCACUGGCGGAAUAUUGGGAAGAGAGGAAAUUAGCGUUUAAAGUUAUAAAACGGUUAGUAAAAGAUAGAAUCUUGAUGGAGAUCCGUGGUACCAGACACAAUUUAAGAGAGAUUGAAAGUGAAGAAAGUGAAAAUACUAAAAUUGUGUACGUUAUUCAUCCAAACUGUGAAGUCUUGGAUCAAUUAGAACCACAGGAUUCCGCGUGA